AUGAGUUCUGUAAAUAACGCAGAUAUAUCCAUCAUGCUGAAUCCGACAACAUCAGACAGUCUUUCCUCAUUAGAUCAACAAGCAAUUUCAUUGUUUGAACAAGCAAUCAAAAAAGAAUCUCAAGGACUUAUGUCUGAUGCUGUUGAUUUAUACAGAAAAUCAUUUAAAAUAAAUGAACAAGUAGAUAAACUUUAUCGAUCAAUUCAUUUACCGAAUGCUUUACAUAAAUUACAAAAUGAAAGAGGUAAAAAUUAUAUCACUAAAGUAGAUGAACAUAAAGUUGCAAAAAUCAAUGUUGAUAAAUUACUUGAUAGUUUUAGACAUGUUGAAGCAGUUGCCCCUGAUCUUUUAAAUGGAGAAUUGAGUGGGUUUGAAGGUGAAAUGACUAUAAAAUUUGCCAAUAUGAAUAUAAACCAUCAUCAUCAUCAUCAUCAUCAUCAUGACAUGGUGGCAGCGGCGGUAGUAUCACCACUAGUUCAUCUACCUAACGAUAUUUGGACAUACAUUUUAGAAAUACUUAUUCAUUGUUCCCCAGAAUCAUGGUUUAAAAUGUCUACAACAUGCAAGAAAUUUGCAUAUUUAGGGUUCGGACAAUCUACAAUAUGGCGUGAAAUAUGUCAACUUAUUUAUCCUUAUCAGAAAUAUGAAGAGAAUCAAUUUUAUUUACAAAACCCAACUUUGACCAGCUCAAUAGAUGACUCGGAUCUACCAAUACCACUUAAUCAAUUACAAAUAUUACCACAAUAUAAUGAUUCUUGGAAAUUUAUGCUUCAUAAUAGACCUUUCAUCAAAUUUUUAGGAUGUUAUAUAUCGGUAGUUAAUUAUUAUAGUGAAGGGGGUAAAGCUGAAUUUUCCAAUGCAUGGUCAAACCCAGUAAAAACAAUUACAUAUUAUAGAUAUUUAAGAUUUUAUCGUGAUGGGACAGUUGUUAAAGUUUUAUCAGUACUACCACCAGAUCAAGUUGUCCCCUAUCUACUGAAACAUAAUAAGGUAUUACCGAGUUCAAUAUCUGAAUUGGGCAAGCCAAUAUUUUUACAUGAUGAAAAUAAGGAAAGUCACAAGAUAUAUUUGGGUAAAUGGACAAUUUCUUCAACUGGGGAAAUUCAUAUCAUUAUUGAAAAUGGAUCAGUGUCAUAUUUAACAUUUCAUUACUGGUUUCAAAUAAAAUCUUUGGGUCAUAUCAAUAAACAUGCAAAACUUACAUGGGUUAGAUACAAUUCAGUUAGAAAACCAACACAAACUAUAACUGCUGAUGGUGAAGAGACAAUUGAUGAUAGAGUAGGUGAAAUAAUGGAAUUUUCUAUUAGAAAUGAAAAAGCCUUUAAAUUUCUGAGAGUUAAAAGUUAUACCCACACCAAUUGA